CCAGAGCUAACGAGGUGGAGGUGCGCGUCGUUUGGGCCUCGACGAGGCACGCCCCGCGCGGCGGGACUACUAGAGGAGAGGGCCGCGCACGAGGAGCGCCAGGCCGAGUGCCGGCGCCAGGCCGAGUGCCGAAGACCAGACGAUGACAAAGACGUUGGGAGUCGCGCUGCGGGACGAGCCACACAGCCGGCACGCACGCACGCCCAUGGCCACGCACGCACACGCAGCUCUCUCUCUCACUCUUUCUCACACUCUGGCCCUGUGCUUUACACAGCCCAAACGGGGCUCCGUUUCAGAUAGCAUACGCAACACUCGGCCGCUGCAAACACGUCAAGGUCAUUCACGAGGCUCUCACGCAACGAGGCACACGCGACUUCAAAGGCCCGCGCCGUUCCUACACACGUUUUUACACGCCACAUCGCGCCAAAUGCGCUGCCCGCCGGCGAGAGCGCCGGGCGCGCCGUGCGCGUUUGUGCUCGCUGCGCGACAUUGCUGCACGCUAGCUGCUCGCGCCGGGCCGCGGGAAAUAGGAGACAGUCCCUUCUCGCCAGACGUCUGCUUGAACGCUCGGGAUCUUGUCCACGGCGUCGUAUUUUCGCCGGGAAACGCCAUGAGAAAACACACUUGCCCGUGUGUCACGGAAGCGCAGUCAUUCAGCGGCGCGCGGGUUGACUCUACAACGUUCUCAUACUUGCUUUUAAGUCCAGCCCCCCGGCCGAGGGCAGGGAGGUUCCUGUGUUACACAGCGUACUGCGUCGCGCUCGCUUAUUCAUUCUACUUUUCGCUCCCAGAGAGAAAGAGAGAGAGAGAGAGAGAGAUGGCCGAAGUCGCUCCCGCACCCGCCGCCGCACCGGCUAAAGCGCCCAAGAAGAAGGCAGCUUCGAGGGCAAAGAAAGCAGGUCCUAGCGUCGGCGAGCUCAUCGUCAAAGCGGUUUCCUCGUCCAAGGAGAGGACCGGCGUGUCUCUUGCCGCCCUGAAGAAAGCCUUAGCAGCCGGCGGAUACGACGUGGAGAAGAACAACUCCCGCGUCAAGCUCGCCGUCAAGGGUCUCGUGACGAAAGGCAUUCUGGUGCAGACCAAAGGCACCGGCGCGUCCGGCUCUUUCAAGCUGAACAAGAAGCAGACCGAGGCCAAGAAGCCCGCUAAGAAAGCCGCACCCAAAGCGAAAAAGGCGGCCGCCAAAAAGCCCGCCGCGGCAAAGAAGCCCAAGAAGGUCGCGGCCAAGAAACCCGCCGCCAAGAAGUCUCCCAAGAAGCCGAAGAAGCCCGCCGCCGCCGCUACCGCCAAGAAAGCCACCAAGAGCCCCAAGAAGGCCAAAAAGCCGGCGACCCCCAAGAAGGCAGCCAAGAGCCCCAAGAAAGCAAAGGCUGUCAAGCCCAAGACCGCCAAGCCCAAAGCGGCGAAGGCCAAAAAGGCAGCUCCCAAGAAGAAGUAAACGUGUUCGUUUAUGUCAUGUUUUUUGUUUCUCCUCAAACGGCUCUUUUAAGAGCCACCCAUCUUUUCAUUUAAAGAGCUGUGUUCCCUAAUCUUUCACGAUAAAAAAAAAAAGAAAUAAUAAUAAUAAU